AUGAGCCCGCCUCCGAUCGAGUUGCCCCCGAAUGCCGAGGUAGCUCUGGAGCGCUCUCGCCUCGAGCCGUCGGGCGAUGGGCGCCCGUGCCUGCCAGAGCCCGUCUCGGGACAGGCACGCAGCUCGGCAGGCGCGCGCGGUGUGUCUGAGUGCGCGAGGCGCCGCGCAGACCUGCCGGAGCUCCCGGCGUCCGACGGGCCCGCAGGCUGCCAGGCAGCUCGGCAGGCGCGCACGAGGCCGAGCGCGCGAGGCACUGCGCGGCUCACGCUCACGCCGACAGGAGGGAUUCCUGAUCGGAGAGCCGGGCAGUCUGGGCUGGCGUAUUUGUAG